AUGCUAAAGGAAACUCGCAAAAGGCUUGACUUUCUCUAUGCUAGGGAAGAAAGCUACUGGGCUCAAAGGUCUCGGUCAAGAUGGCUAAGGGAGGGUGAUCAAAACACUAGGUUUUUUCAUGCUAAAGCCUCAGGUCGCUUAAAAAAGAAUUAUAUUGAGAAGCUGAAAGAUGCGGCAGGAAAUUGGGUGACAAAAAGUAAAGACAUUAGUAUGGUGGCUAAAGAUUAUUUUGCGAGUUUGUUCCGAUCAAAUGGUCAAAAUGCCAAUAUCCAAGAGAUGGGAUAUAUAAGGGAGUGCAUGACGAGGGAAGCAAAUGAAUGGCUUAAUAUGGCCUAUACGGAAAGUGAGGUCCUCCAGGCUAUCAAGCAGAUGGAUCCGAAUAAAGCCCCUAGAAUUGAUGGUCUUUCGGGAAACUUCUUCAAGCACCAUUGGGAGAUAGUGGGAAAAGACACCAUUAAAUUCUGCAUGGAUGUCCUUAACGGAAACAAAAACAUCUCUUGUUUAAAUGAUACUAUGAUCAUUUUAAUUCCUAAGACUAGAGACCCUUGUGAGCUUACUAAUUUUCGUCCUAUUAGCUUAUAUAGGCAUGUCUACAAGAUUAUCGCAAAGGUGAAUAAAACGAGAGAUAUGGAGAGUCUUGCGAAUAUGCUUAGUAUCUUCUCUAAUAUUUCAGGGCAAGAGAUUAGCUUCGAUAAGUCAAUGGUCUUUUUUAGUCCAAACACCUCACGUGAUCAGAGAACAAUCCUUAGUGGAAUCCUUGGCAUGACGGUGGUAGAAAAAUUAAAUAAUUACUUAGGCCUUCCUAUUCCAAUUGGUAAGAAGAAAACAACAGCUUUUCAAGAGAUAACUAAUAGACUGUCUUACAGGAUGAACAGCUGGACAAAGAGACUGCUCUCGUAUGGAGGAAAGGAAGUCUUCAUUAAAACGGCUAAGCUUAGCAGAACAUGGUGGGCUGGGAAAGAAAAAGGUGGAUUCUGGACAAUGGUUCCUUGGAAGACUCUGUGCAAACCGAAGGCUAUGGGGGGACUUGCAAUAAGAGAUAUUCGAUUAUUCAACUUGGCCCUUUUAAGGCGUCAAGUGGACAAAGCCUCAUUUACUUGGUCAAGCAUUGCGACUGCGGCGGAAGCUCUUAAAGUCAGUUUUGGCUGGCAGAUUGGUAAUGGCGAGAAGAUUAAUAUUCGGGCUGACAAUUGGGGUCUGGAAGGGCUCAAUAGGGAUGCUAUCUUAAGCAACACUCUAAAUCAUAAUGAAAAGAGUGUGAAAGUUCUCUGGCAUGCGGAUUGUAGAAGGUGGAAUGUUAACAAAGUUAAACAAGUGUACGGGCAUGACUGGGGUGACAAGAUCUACGAUAUUCCCAUUAGAAAUGAGAACCAGGAAGACAAAAUGAUAUGGUUCCACAACCCUCAUGGGUGCUUUACUUCAAAGUCUGCCUAUUCCUGGCUGUUGUUGAAGGAAAUGGGAUUUGGCCCACAUAGGUAUUUCUGGAAAGCUUAUGGAAGCUUGACACUUUACCGAAGAUCCGUGUUUUUUCAUGGAGGGUGGGUCAUGAAAUUCUCCUUACGAAUAGUAAGAUCGCCACAAUCAGACAGGGAUUUGACAAGGGGUGCCAAAGAUGUGGAGCUGAGUCCGAAACGGUGCUACAUGUGUUAA